AUGGUAUUAGCAGCAAUGGCAGCGCCGGCAGCUGGUCAGGCCAAGCCUGGUUGCCCAGAUAGCUGUGGCGACGUUAGCAUCCCAUAUCCAUUUGGCACAAGGGAAGACUGUUAUCUCAAUGAAGAAUUCCUCAUAACCUGCGACAACAGUACAAGCCUUCCCAAAGCCUUUUUGACGGAGGGUAAUAUCAAUGUCACCAACAUAAGUUUGGAUGGUGAGUUGCAUCUCUUGAGUCUUAUAGCCCACAAUUGUUAUAACAGAAACGGCACCCUGCAAGACAACUUAGAACCCUAUUUUCGGUUGUCCAUAUUCAGUAUCUCUGGCACUCUAAACAAGUUCGUUGCGGUUGGUUGCGACACUUACGCACUUCUCAGCGGCUACCAAGGAGAAGAUCUUUACAGAACUGGCUGCAUGUCUAUAUGUUCCAGCAAGAAACAAGUCCAAGAUGGAUCUUGCUCAGGGGCUGGUUGUUGCCAGAUCUCAUUCCCAGAAGGAUUAAAAAAUACUACAUUGAUAUUAAGCAGCUACUUCAAUCAUACAGAAGUUCAUGACUUCAAUCCCUGCAGCUAUGCCUUUAUUGUCGAAGAAGCAGCCUUCAAUUUCUCCUCCAAAAAUCUUUCCAACUUACAGGAUAUAGAAAAGCUUCCUAUGGUAGUUGAUUGGUCAAUUGGCAAUGAAACAUGCCAGGUGGCUAAAACCAACCAGACGAGUUACGCCUGUAAGGAGAAUAGCACGUGCUAUGAAUCCAAUAGCCGGCCCGGCUAUCUUUGCAAGUGCUUUGAUGGUUAUCAUGGGAAUCCUUACCUGGAUGGUUGCCAAGAUAUUGAUGAAUGUAAGAAUUCAAGCCUCAACAAGUGUGUAAAAAAAGCAAGGUGCAAGAACACCCCAGGGAAUUAUACUUGUUCUUGCAGCAAGGGGUACCAUGGGGAUGGCAGAGACGAUGGUGAUGGCUGUAAUCCAAAUGAAUUGCAAUUGAUUCAGGUUUCCCUUGGCGUGGGCAUCGGUCUUAUAUCAUUACUAAUUGGCAGCUCUUGGUUAUACUGGGGACUCAAGAAAAGGAAGUUUAUUAAACUCAAAGAGGAGUUCUUUCAACAAAAUGGUGGUCUAAUGUUACAAAAGCAACUUUCUAAACGAGAAGGAUCUACUGAAACAAUCAAAAUCUUUACUGGUGCAGAGUUAGAGAAGGCAACUAACAAGUAUAAUGAGAGUAAAAUUAUUGGUCAUGGAGGAUACGGAACUGUCUAUAAAGGAACUUUAACUGAUGGGAGAAUAGUUGCCAUCAAGAAGUCGAAGAUGGUGGAUAAAAGUCAAAUUGAGCAAUUCAUAAAUGAGGUGCUUGUGUUGUCACAGAUCAAUCAUCGAAAUGUGGUCAAGCUUUUGGGUUGUUGUCUAGAGACAAAAGUUCCUUUGUUAGUUUAUGAAUUCAUUACUAAUGGCACUCUUUUCGACCACAUACAUAAUAAGAGCAACACAUCUAUCAUUCCCUGGGAAAUUCGCUUGAGGAUUGCUACUGAAACUGCAGGAGUCUUAUCAUAUUUACAUUCUGCAGCAUCAAUACCUAUCAUCCAUAGAGAUGUUAAAUCCACUAACAUACUCUUGGAUGAUAACUAUACAGCAAAGGUUUCAGAUUUUGGAGCUUCAAGGUUAGUUCCUCUAGAUCAAACUCAAUUAUCUACAAUGGUACAAGGAACUCUUGGAUACUUGGAUCCUGAGUACUUGCUUACAAGCCAAUUGACUGAGAAAAGCGAUGUUUAUAGUUUUGGAGUUGUUCUUGUGGAACUAUUAACGGGAGAGAAGGCACUUUCUUUUGAUAGACCGGAGGACAAGAGAAGUCUAGCUAUGUAUUUUCUUUUUUCAUUAAGAGAUGAUCGCCUUUUUCAAGUUCUUGAUGAACAUAUAGUGAAUGAAGAAAACAUUGAGCAGCUGAAGGAGGCUGCUAAGCUUGCAAAAAGGUGCUUAAGAUUGAAAGGAGAUGAAAGACCUACUAUGAAGGAAGUAGUAAUGGAAUUAGAAGGAUUGAGAAUCAUGAAAACACAUCCAUGGAUUGAUUCACAAGAGAAUGAACACUUAUUUAGUGAUUUUACCCACACAUACGAUGAUGGCGAUGGCAAUAGCAAUGGUGUCACAAUUAGUGCUAUAUAUGAAAGCCUACGAGGUCAUAUGAUGUUACCAGGAAAUGAUAGAAGAUGA